AGCCUCUUUGGGUCGGACUUUCAGCUUUAGCGCCGACGGUUCAGGUUACCAUGGCACGUAGCAGUGCGCUGAUUCGCACUGGUGUGCUGGCCGGUUUGGCGGCGGCCCUGGGGCUGCUGUACAGCUCGGCCUUUGUGGGUGUUGGGGCACUUGGAUUGUGGCCUAAGGCCGGUUCUGCAGAUGCUCGAACCACGUCCACUCAGAUGAGGGGCUACCGUCUGGACCGCAUGCUCGAAGCGAAGGACGGGGAUCGAUCCCUGCAGGUCUCGGAAGGCUUCUGGGUGGGCGAGAAAGGCUUUGAGAAGUCUCAGUGGGCACAAGGCUACCGAUACCGUAUGAGGGCGAGCCCUGAGGAAGUCAAGAAUGGCAUCGACACUCCUCCGAUUUUCCAGCUGGGCCCCAUCAAGAUCAAGCUGGGCGAGAUGCUGGGCGGCAGCGGAAAUAACGACAAUCUGCGUCGGUUGAAGAAGGAGAUCGCCCAAGCCGGCCUUGAAGACCCGAAGAAGAUUGCGGAGAACGAGUAUUGGCUGAAGCGCUAUGGCCACAAGCGUUGGUUCCCGAAGUAUGUGGACCAAUCUGGCGCCCCAGGUCAGACAGGACUUUUCCGCGGACUGGCGGCUUGGUCAGGCUUCGAUCCCUUGAACGAGGAGCGUGGCAAGACCUGGAUCGAGGCUGACUACGGCAAGCCUUUGAUGAAGGGCAAAAAGGAUCUUCAGCUGCCGGGUCUCCUCACCAAGGAGCAGAUGCAGAAGGAGCUCGACAGUGGCAAGCUGCCCAAGCUGCCAGCGGCCAAGAAAUGAGGUGCUGCGUUCUGCUGAUGAUGGGUGGGAAGUUGUUCUUUCCUCCUGCAGCUGUCCGACAUCUAGAUGUUUGGCAGAAAAUCAGCAUGUUUGAUAGAUUUGUCAAAACUCCAAGAAGACACAUGAGCUCACAUGCACAUGAACACAAUGCCUUGUGUUUCUCGAGCAUGGCAUUAGCAAGUGUCCUUGAGCCUGCAGAAGCAGUGCUCCUAUGUUGAUUUUUCCAGGCAGAGCUUCUGGGAAGCGCAUUCAAUUGAGCUCCCCCAGUAGGGCUGCAGAAAAGAAGCAAGUCAGCGAGCUGGGUGCUCACUAGUGCGCCUAUCAACUCAGAUCUUCAAACUGUCAGUUUGUCA